UCAAAUCUCAGGCAAAAAAGGAGGAGAGAUGGAUAAAAAAUGGAAAGGUUGCGAAAGGGGGGGAAAAAAGCUGCCUGGAGUUACAUGCCUAGCGUCGCAGUCCAAUUAAAAGCCUGUGUGGAAGAGGCACCUUGUGUGUCAUGCAUACAUUAGAGACUGAGAGCGAGGGGUCUUGAGGGAGACCGAGGAGGCUCUACCCAGAGAGUGUCAUCACAAAUUACCAGGAGAAGGCUCUCCGACGCUCACUGUCUCUCCUGCUUUUGGCAUCAGCUAACACGCCACGCGCCAGCCGCCGCCACUACCUCCACCUCCACCAGAGCUCUGCUGCAGCCCACCAGUUCUCUCUCUUUCUCUCACCCACUCUCUCAUCUGCCCCCCCACCCCCCCUCUGCCACCCCCCUUCAUUGCUUCCUCUCAACACUCCUCUCUUUAUCUUCUACAGCUGUACUGUACCAUCACCUUGUCUUCUUCAAUUUCAUUUCUUGGCGGCAAAAAAAAAAGAAAGAAUGGAUCUAUGAUCUUUUUUUUAUUUUUUACUUUUUUCUCACAAACUUCGAAAACACCAGAGUCAGUCUCAGAGAAAAAAGAGGGUUUUUUUAUAUACAUAUAUAUAUCUGCACAUUUCUCAGCUUUUUUCAUAUUUUGUCUCUAAUGGCAAGACUUGCUCGUUGUGGUCUAACUGAGACGUGAUGCUUCAGGAUUUAAGCGCGAGCGUCCUCUUUCCACCGUGUCUACAGCAUCGAACUUUUGCUCAAGUUCCCGACAAUGACGAGCAGUUUGUUCCAGACUUCCAGACUGAAAACUUGGCUUUCCACGGACUGCAGCUGAAGAUCAAGAGGGAGCUGCACAGCCCGUGCUCGGAGCUGAACUCCAACUGCAGUCAGGAGCGGCCCUUCAAACUCCAGUAUGGAGAGAAGUGCCCAUACAGCAUCAGUGCCUAUGAGCAGAAGCAGCCCGCAGGUAUGAAGCCCUCCAGCCCAGUGACUCCCCCCUGUAGUACCCCCGUGUCACCCCUUCACCAUGGCUCACCUACAGCAGCCCCGACACCCAAACCAGACAGGACCUAUGCCCACAUACCGCCCUCACAGCCUCUCCCCGACAACGCCUACUCAAUGGACCACAGAUUUCGUCGUCAGCUCUCAGAGCCAUGCCACUCGUUCCCCUCCCCACCGACGAUGGCUCGAGACAGCAGGCCCAUCUACCACAGGCAGAUGUCGGAGCCCAACAUCCCCUUCCCUCCUCAAGGCUUCAAGAAGGAGUACCCCGACCCCCUCUUCGAACACCCUGCCAUGAUGGGCGCGCCGCUUCCCCACGGGUACCCCUCCGGCAUGAUGAUCAAGCAGGAACCGAGAGACUUCAGCUAUGACUCAGAAGUGCCUAGCUGCCAUUCUGUCUACUUACGGCAAGACGGCUAUCUGGCUCACACUAACAGGACUGAAGGUUGUAUGUUUGACAAAGUGGCGAGACAUUUCUACGAUGAUACCUGCGUAGUACCAGAAAAGGUUGAAGGUGACAUCAAGCAGGAGUCAGGUCUGUACCGUGAGGGCCCGUCAUACCAGCGCAGAGGCUCAUUGCAGCUCUGGCAGUUCCUGGUGGCUCUACUGGACGACCCAUCCAACUCCCACUUCAUCGCCUGGACUGGUCGCGGCAUGGAGUUUAAGCUCAUCGAGCCAGAGGAGGUGGCACGCCGAUGGGGGAUACAGAAGAAUCGGCCGGCAAUGAAUUAUGACAAACUCAGCAGAUCAUUGCGUUACUACUACGAGAAGGGAAUCAUGCAAAAGGUUGCCGGUGAGAGAUACGUCUACAAGUUCGUGUGCGACCCCGAGGCCUUGUUCUCCAUGGCGUUCCCUGACAAUCAGCGACCGGUGCUGAAGACGGACAUGGAGCGGCAGAUCAACGAGGAGGACACGGUGCCGCUGUCGCACUUCGAUGAGAACAUGGCCUACGUGCAGGAAGGGCCCUACUGCCAGCCACACCCCUACAGCGAGGGCUACGUUUAUUAACGUCAGCCCCACAAACGCACACACACACUGACAAAAACACACCUUCACUCUAACCUGCUGCCCCCCCCUGCCUCCUCCAUACACCUGAGACUGUCACAUCCUCUGGUAAACAGCCUGAACACACACAUAUAUGCACACACACACACAUAAAAGGGCACUUCCCUCUAUCUGUCUUACAUAAAAACUACACACAUCCUCUUUUUGCUCUCGUCUUUCUGACGUCCAGGCUGCACAGCAGGAUGGAGAGUGCACUUUAUGGACAGGAACGGCGCGAUGGUUGGCUGUGUGGUUGACUUUAACAUUGUUUAUGUUUGUAGAUUAUUAUGGAAAUCAUUCAGUUCAUUUUUCUUUUUAGUUCCUCUGAUUUUGAGCAUGUGAGAUUGGACUCAGUCUCUAACCCGUGGCCACCCGAGGCUAAAUUCCUAAAACUUUGAUUUAAUCUACACAUGUGAAGCAAAUCAAAGGAUGACUCCUGUUUUUUGUCGGACAUGUCCUUUAGUCAGCCCUUACUUAAACAUCCCAUAAUGGAAAUGUAACAACACUUUUAUGAGGAAGAGACGAGAUUAAAGACUUGAAAAGAAAACAGACUUUGGUGAGAAGGCUGAACUCAGCAGAUCUGUCCGUCAGUGAUUUCUGCCCCUUUGUCCAGUCAAACUGUAGAUCUCAUCAUUUAGGUGUAUUUGCUGUAAAGACAUAAACUCUACUGGAUUGUUCCCUCAUGAACUGAAAAAAAAAAAAAAAAACACUUUGUUGGUCGGUGAAGACGAGACUUUGGAACACUGGAACUGUACAGAGGAAAUGAGACUUUUUCCUGCAUCACAUGUGAACGGACCGUGUUUAGGAUGAGUCACCGAAGCUCUACAGGCUGCUGUAAAGUAACUCAGAAGUUGAUUUGUGUUCUGAAACUCAUCAGAGCAGAAAUCGUUUAUUCACCGUUCAGGUGUUCAGUUUUUCAAUGAAUAACAGGUCAAAGUUUAUGUACAGAUGAAGUGGAUACAGCAGUCAGUUCCAUUUCAGGAUAACGUUUGCAUCCAUCAAAAAAAAAAAAAAAAGGAG